AUGCAGGCCAACGAAGAACCAUCUCAAGCUAUGUCUACGGAAGCUCAUCUUCAGCAGCGAGUUCCGAUGAUAUCCUCUGACCAGUGCUCUCCGGAUAAGACUCAUGAAUGGACAAUGUUGAGCCACGAAGCCGAGAUCAUGGCGAGUGAGAUAAGCCCAAUCUCACCUCACGAAAACUACGGCAUCAAUCUUGACACACACCAGCACGAAGACCUCUCGAUUCCCGGCGCGGGGAUCCGGCGAAAACCCAUCAGUGUCACCACUCACCCAAGUGCACAACAGACACCAGAAGGACCUGACGAAGGCCCACAACCUACGAGUGCUAGUGCCGAAAGGCUCGAUGCAGCCAAGAGAGCCACGGAGACCUUGAAGCCGACUUGGAAAAUAUGGGCUCUCGAGAUAGCCUGCAUCGUACUGAGUACACUUCUCAUAGGCGUCAUCAUUGUCGUGCUUCUCAAGUAUGAUUCGCAAGUGCAACCGAAGUGGCCGUUCGAGGCUACACUAAACUCUUUCCUCGCAUUAUUCACCACCUUAGCGAAGGCUGCCUUCAUGGUAUCCGUUUGCGCUUGCAUCAGCCAGUCACAAUGGGCCUGGUUGAAUGCGAAUGGUGUACCUCGAUCUCUCUACGAUUUCGAACUGAUAGAUCAAGCAAGCCGAGGAGCAUGGGGCUCUUUGAUACUACUGUCGCGUUUCCGAUUCCGGCAUUUUGUGGUUCUUGGGGCGCUCCUCACCGCGAUCAGUGCUCUGACAUCGCCAAUUACACAAUUGUCUAUCAAAUACUCACAAGAAGAAAUGCUCGUCGCAAAAGAAGCAACAGGAAGCCAGGCUACUACGCAAGCAGUCCGAGAUCUCAUGUAUCCCAGAGAUAAGCUUGAGUCAGCAAUCCGCUUCGCCAGUUAUCAAACUAGCUUCCUAGAUUAUGAGAAUUUUCAGAAACCGUUACCGAUUAGAAUGUACCGGCCCUACGGUCAAUGGACGAUGGGUGUGUUCAAUGUUCCUGGGCGGGCGACAACGAUGGCCACAUACGUGAAGAUAACAUGGCCUUGGGUGAUGUUGCUCGUAGCCGAGAUCGCGGCUGCAGCAGUGCUCCUCGUCAUUACCAUCAUUUACUCUACGGGAGGCUCAGAUUCAAAUUAUAGAGACCUCAAAAGCUCAUCGUUGGGCACUCUUGUGGCUCUCAGUCCAGCUUGCCGCACUGCGGCGGGUGAAGGUCUCCAACCUGUGGAUGCCUUGAAAAAGCUCGCGAAAGGGCUUAAAGUCCAGCUUAUCGGGAGCCAUAUUGUGGUCGCCGAGGAUGAGACGGAUGAGACUCCCUCACAAGAAACGUCAUGUGGCGUGUCCGGCGCUGAAGACGGUGCUCCCAGGGAAAUGGAUCGUACUCAGGAAUAG